GUGAAUAAGCAGAAAGUACUACUUAGAGAGAUGUCAGACGAACUACGCCGCCUCAAGUCGCUCCUCGACGAAAUGACAGAAACUGCGGAACAUACGAUGUUCACCGUGUUCUGGUUGUUGCUUGACAACAUGGAAGAUAUAGACGUUACUCGUCUGAGGGAGGACAUUUCAGCCAGACUUCAGGCAAUUGCUGAAACGAAGAACACCACGUUCGACGAGUUUCAGGCAUGGCUGGAUAUUGAAAGGGAAAGGCGCACCGGAGUCUUGAAGCGGUUCUCUGCCCACGUCACGAAGACMACAAACGGGGAGUCAGWCGGAGGGGAUGUCAUGYGUCUUGCUAGCUGCGGAAAGUGUGUGUUGAAGGAGGGGUGGGCAUCGUACAAUAGCCAAGAUUACAACACAGGUUCGCUACCUACGACGACACGCAGCGUCRUUGACCUYUUAKCCGUCGCCGAGGACUGCAUUCGCCACUGUACGGAAACCGUCGAGGAGUACAGUCUGAAUGAAGUGGGUGUCGGGUCUGUUAAUGACGAGUUUCCUGUAAAAAUCGCGUCUCUGCWGAGCAGUUGCGAAGACGUAAUGGAUGCCCUGCAACACACUCGAGGCAGGUUGUWGGCUGGAGAACUGACGGUGACAUGUAUGGAAGGAGAUGUUAUGGGAUGUGAAGAAGAUGUGAAGGACCACGUGCUGGUUGUGGAGCAUGCAAAGCGGUGCUGGGAGAAGAUAAGGGAGGAGGACCGUCAGAUGGUGUGCAUGGGUUACGACUCCAUGCCAGACCAGGGGAUGUGGUCCAUGGUUGAGGGGAGUCUUGGUGGGCAAGGGCAGGGCGAUGGUGAGAAGAGGUACAUGGCUCACAUCCGCCGCAGGCAUGGUUGCUCCGCCCUUGUUGGUUGGGUCCCGGCCGUAUGUCGCAUGACAUACGAGCAAGGUGGAGAGAUGAUGAUGAGGUUCAGGGACCCGCUUGGUGUGCCGUUUCUGCUGACGUACUCGGAUGACCUCCUGAGAGACAUUCGGUAUAUGGUGGUCGAGGACACCCGAGGUGGACAUCGGAGGCCGGGACAGACGGAGGAGACGCGCCCGGGACAUCAGGACGGUUUGUCUGCUGAGGUGGAGGGCCCAUGUUGCGGUGAGCGAGUUGCAGGGUGCUCUGCAGCGCAGGGUGACGUGGCCGGGCCCAGCAAGACAGCGAUGUUCCACAGCCCGAGGAAGGUGAAGGCAGUUGUGUCGAGGCCGCGGAGGGGGAAGACGGCUGGUGACAAGCAAAAGAAGAACCCCCAGCCUGUGCCACAGACUGGUAACAAUGCAGAUGCGCCUGCAUGGGUCCACAGACGCCGCAGACACCCCGGGAUGGCAGCUUUGACAGAGAUCAGGAAGCUGCAACGAUCACCUGACCUUUGCAUCCCUUUCAGGCCCUUCUUGCGCGUCGUCCGCGAGGUGGUGGAGAAGGACAUUACCCCUAAUAAGGGCCUGAGGUUCCAGAUGACGGCUGUGCGUGCUUUGAUGGAGGCUGCGGAGGCUUACCUGGUCACCAACUUCGAGAACACAAACGAAGUGACGAUCCACUCGAAGAGGGUGACCAUCCAGAGAGAAGAGGUCGAAAGACAAAGCUUGUGCAUCAUGUCGAUGUCGGUAGCACAGGUGGCGAAGGCUCUCACAGAGGUGAUGAAGUAUGCAGAGGAGGGCUUCCACUACAACGGUCGUGGUCGAGUUGUCUUUGGAGGAGAGGGUGCCGGCGGAUGGGACAUGCUUGUUGAAGGGGCGAACGACGAGUUGAAGAGGGGUGCUGCAAAAAUACUAGUGCUGUCCAGAAUCAAGGACAUGACACAAACACCGCCCCAGGACUUUCAAGAGCUUCCCGUGAUUGUUGCAGACGGUGUGGAAUACGUUCUGCUGGAUCAGCUAUGUGACCCCGUGAACAAGACAGAGGACGACAGGAACGUCAUUCAUGAGGCCUUGCACGAAGUCACAGAGUACGCCGUGCAGGGUCAAGAUCUCAUUGAUUUUGUGCCAGCGUUAGCAGGAGAGGAGAUCAUUAGUGGCAGACCAUUGUGGGGGGGCUUGUUGGGUUGUGCUCUGGAGCGGCUUGGUCUUGCAACCUGCGAUGUCGAGAGACAGAGAGAAAGGGAAGAGGGUUGGAGGCUGAUUACCAGCGAAACAAGGUUACCGGUCAUUGAAGAAACCGGGGAGACAUCAGCAGCACAAGAUACGAGUGGGACGAUGGUGGUCGACGUGUCUACCAUGCACACAUCAACGACAGAGGACUUGGUGUAUAUGAACAUGUGUGAGGGUUUCUUCUUAGGGGAACAACAGUUGGCAGAGCACAGAGAUGAUGCAGAGGAGGAGGAUGAGGAAGAGUACGAGGGGUCUGACGUGGAGGUGAGCGGCAACGACGUCAGCAGCGACGAAGAGGACGACGACAAUGAUUUGUACUACGAUCUCAAGACGGUCUGUGGACAAGUAACCAAAGGUUGGGCACAUGCAAUCCUCAGGUUGGCACGAGUAUUUCCCGAUCCGCAUAACGUGCUGCGUGUGGUGUUCAAGGGGGCGACACCUGAUGGCGCAAUGCAGUAUGCUGCAGUGACCAGCAUAAUGCAAUCCUUCAACAAGGGGAAAAAAUGGUCACGUGUCGGCAAGGGAUGGUUUGUUCAGGUGCACAGAGAGGCUGUGCUAGCAACAUCACUGACAUGGGGACUGAACCUGAGCUGCCUCCUGCAUGGCGCAGUGGCCACAGCUUGGGAAGAGACUUUGCACCCCGGUUUGUCAAUAGGGGACGCAAUAUCCACCGCAUUUAGGAAGCGAAAGGCCGUCAUCUUCCACAAGGCCCUUUCGACGGUCUUGCAAGCUGCGAAGGAGGCAUCGCACGACGGCAUCACAAUACCGUCGACGCGAUUCGGGGACGUGACUGUCCACCCUUUCCUCCUCAACUAUAUACAGGACUACCCAGAGCGAUGUGCGCUGGCGAAUGUGAAGUUUGGUGUAUGCUCUACAUGCACCGUGUCGAAAAUGAACCUCGAUGUCGUGGCCGAUUUCACGGACAACAGGAGAUCCCAGACGUUGGAAACUCAACUCACAGCAGUUGUGUUCACGGCGGACGACGAUGACAUGCGCUGUGCGGCGGAAGGGCGAAUGGCGGAGUUGGACAUGCAUAGGCAUGUUGAACAGAACGGCCUUUGGGGGUUCUACAGGGGGCCGAGUGGCGAUGAUCCUCAGCUAGACUACCACCUCGCAUUGCAACCAGACCGUAUGCACACGAUCGAACACGGCAUAUUCCUGCACAUGAUCGACGCAUUCACCGCGGCAGCCUUUGAGAAGUUACCGAACACACCGCAAACAGAGAUCCUGAAGGAACUCGAUACGAGAUUGCAAUGCGUUAGUGAGAGAUGUACGCGAACAUAUCCCCAACUUGUGCUACCCGUGGCCACAGGCAACGAUUUUUUUUCUCGAGAGGGACGCUUCGAGGCGAAGCAAAACCGGUUUGUGAUGACAGUGUCUUUGAAAGCCGCGAGAAAGAAGGACAAGUGCCGGAAGAAAUCGAGGGCUGAAAAGAAGCAGUCGAAAAAGCAUCGCAGAAGCGGCGCCGGCCCCUCUGCGAAAACGGAGCACAAGCGCACCCGCAAAUCCGGAUCGAAAGUUACAGUCCCUUCGAGUGCACGAGAGAUUUCAACGCUGAAAGAACGUAACGAGUCGCCCUCCUCGAUCCCCGUCCGGGGAAAGCGCGAAAGUGGCGCCGAGAACCGUCCGCCAAGGGCCCCGGAAAAAAGAUCGCGGGAUGAUAGAAGCGCGACUACGCACCGCAGAACAAAGAAGAGAAUAUCCUACAAAGACGACAGAACAGUGGAGACAAUCGAUAUUAGAGGGUCAGGCGACAGGCACAGCGGACCCCAAGUGGAAGAAGAGGAGGAACACGACCGUUCCGCGCCAGAGAAGUCAGAUGGUGCAGAGGACGAGGAGCCAGGAAACGAGGGAGACGAUAGCGAUUCUUCCCGCAGACAAUCGCAAGACACCGAUGAGGACGACGACAGCGACGGCAAGUCGGCCAGCGAGAGAACCGGCGAAGACCAGAGCGCCGCUUCAGAAAGAGGUGGUUCGCCAUUUCCUUCGAGGACGCUGCGCAGAGAAGGAGAACGGCAGACACGCAACGGCAGCGACACCGAGGAGCUUGUCGGUGACAGACAAAUCGUACAGCACGUCAGCGCCGCCGGAAAAGAGGACACGUUUUUCGCGGCGGUGCAAGCGACGGCGAAACUGGUAGGGGAGACAGCAGAGGAAGGGCUGCGGUCUCACAUAGCAGAGUGCGGGAUUCGAGUUGUCAUAGGGGAAUGCAACAGAAUAAUGACGACGAUCCGCGUAGAGAUUACAUGGCAGCUGAAACAUUGGUUUUGGGCUGAAAAAGGGAUUCCGCUCGUCGGAUCGCAGCAAAUGGACCACCACCUCCCCGCUCGCAACAAGAUGCGCACCGAGAUGAAGGAGAACUAGACGUGGAGACGGAGCGGCGACGAUCCGUGGGGCGCCCCCGCUUUCAAGACGGCACUCUUAAAAG